GAGGAGUGUUCUUUCUGCUCUAGCAGAAUGCAGAACCCCUGACCUCUGUCUGGACAGUGCUGAUUGGCCCUGUGCUGAUAACAUGCACUCUCCCAAGAAAUAAAAACUAACUCUCUAGCAAUACACACCUGAGCAUGUGCAGAGUGUCUCCACACAGUAUGUCUUAUCAGGAGAAGGGGGGGAUCAGAGAAGUCAGGAUCAAGCAUCCUUUUUACACAAUGCGGAGGAUUAACCAAUUAGGUUCCACGGUGAGUAUAACAAGCCUUCUUUACUGCAUAUACAGACUGCCUUUACUGUUGUGUGUUUAGUAACACUUU